AAAGAAAAGAAGAAGAAAAACGCGUAUUCUGAAAAAGAAACCAGACAGUUGAAUCUUCUCUCUCCUCCUCUUCCUCAUCAUCAUCAUCACUGUUCUCUUCUCUCUUCUCAAUCUCUCAAUCCCAAUCUCUCAAAAUUAGGGCUAGGGUUUUCAGAAAACCCUUUUUCUUUUGCCUUCUGCAACUGAAACAACGUUAACAAUCUCUCUGAGAUGUUUUCAUCUUCAACUACUUCUACAACCAAAUGGAGGAGGUUCUUUCAACUCUGCACUCUCUUCUGGGUCCUCUUCUUCUCCGGCAACAACCACGCUGUUUCCGCCGUCGAUUCCGAUGAUGGGUCGGUGUUGUUUCAGCUCAGGAAUUCACUCUCUGACCCUGAAGGCUUGCUCUCCAGCUGGGACCCCACCAAGGGUUUGAGCCACUGUGCAUGGUUUGGUGUCUCCUGCGACCCGAGCUCGCACCGUGUUGUGGCGAUCAACGUCACGGGUAACGGAGGUAACCGAAAACACCCUUCUCCGUGUUCUGAUUUUACUGAAUUUCCCCUAUACGGUUUUGGAAUUAGGAGGAGCUGUGUGGGUAGUGGAGGGGCUUUGUUUGGGAAGGUUUCACCUUUGUUCAGUAAGCUCACUGAGCUUAGGAUUCUGUCGCUUCCCUUUAACGGGUUUGAGGGUGUGAUUCCUGAUGAAAUUUGGGGGAUGAACAAGUUGGAGGUUAUUGAUCUUGAGGGGAACUUGAUAAGUGGGUAUCUUCCUUCAAGGUUUAGUGGGUUGAGGAGUUUGAGGGUUCUUAAUCUUGGGUUUAAUAGGAUUGUUGGGGAGGUGCCAAAUUCAUUGUCAAGUGUUGCUAGUUUGGAGAUUUUGAAUUUGGCUGGGAAUGGCAUUAAUGGGUCUGUUCCUGGUUUUGUUGGGAGGCUCAGAGGGGUGUAUCUUUCUUUCAACUUGCUUACCGGGAGUAUUCCGCAAGAGAUAGGGGAUGACUGUGGUAGGCUGGAGCAUCUGGAUUUGUCUGGUAAUUUCUUGACUCUGGAGAUACCGAAUAGUUUGGGGAAUUGUAGUCAGUUGAGGACUAUUUCACUGCAUUCAAAUAUAUUGCAGGAUGUUAUUCCAGCUGAACUUGGUAAGCUUAGGAAGCUUGAGGUGUUGGAUGUUUCAAGGAAUACUCUUGGCGGUUUGGUGCCUCCUGAGCUUGGGCAUUGUAUGGAGUUAUCUGUCCUUGUUCUUUCUAAUCUUUUUAAUCCGCUUCCAGAUGUCAGUGGUAUGGCAAGGGACUCUUUGACAGAUCAGCUAGUUUCUGUUAUUGAUGAGUAUAAUUAUUUUGAAGGUCCAAUUCCGGUGGAAAUUAUGAACCUUCCUAAGUUGAAGAUACUGUGGGCGCCUAGGGCAAAUCUGGAAGACAGUUUUCCGCGCAGUUGGAAUGCUUGUGGUAACUUGGAGAUGCUCAAUUUGGCUCAAAAUGAUUUCACUGGGGAUUUUCCUAAUCAACUUAGUCGCUGCAAGAAGCUCCAUUUUCUUGAUUUAAGCUUUACCAACCUUACCGGCAAGCUUGCUAAAGACCUUCCUGCUCCAUGCAUGACAGUCUUUGACGUCAGUGGAAAUGUCUUAUCCGGAUCAAUUCCUGAAUUCUCUGGUAACGCAUGUCCCUCAGCUCCUUCCUGGAAUGGGAAUCUAUUUGAAUCCGACAACAGGGCCCUUCCGUACGGAUUCUUUUUUGCAUUAAAGGUUCUUCAAAGGUCCCCUUUGUCGUCACUUGGAGAUGUUGGCCGUUCUGUUAUUCACAACUUUGGUCAAAACAAUUUUAUUAGCAUGGAUUCAUUGCCAAUAGCGCGUUACAGAUUAGGAAAGGGAUUUGCUUACGCAAUUCUUGUUGGAGAAAACAACCUGACAGGACCGUUUCCUACUAAUUUAUUUGAGAAAUGUGAUGGAUUAAAUGCAUUACUUUUAAAUGUGAGUUAUACUCGGAUAUCUGGUCAGAUUUCUUCCAACUUUGGCAGAAUGUGCAAAUCAUUAAAAUUCUUGGAUGCAUCUGGAAAUCAGAUUACUGGCACGAUCCCCUUUGAUUUAGGGGACAUGGUAUCUCUUGUUGCUCUGAAUCUUAGUCGGAACCAUUUACAAGGUCAGAUUCCCACCAGCCUUGGUCAGUUAAACGAUCUGAAGUUUCUCUCCUUGGGCAAUAAUAACUUCAGUGGCUCCAUUCCUACUAGCCUUGAUCAGCUGCACUCCUUAGAAGUCUUGGAUCUCUCUUCAAAUUCUUUUACUGGUGAAAUUCCAAAAGGUAUUGAGAACUUGAGAAAUCUGACUGUUGUUUUGCUCAACAAUAACAAACUUUCUGGACAGAUUCCUGCUGGUUUGGCAAAUGUCAGUACACUGUCAGCAUUCAACGUCUCAUUCAAUAACUUGUCUGGGUCCUUGCCAUCAAAUAGCAGCUUGAUAAAAUGCAGCAGUGCUGUUGGGAAUCCAUUUUUGCGCUCUUGCAUUGGAGUUUCUCUUACUGUGCCAUCAGCAGAUCAACACGGGGUGGCUGAUUAUCCUAAUUCUUAUACUGCUGCACCACCAGAAGAUACAGGCAAAACAAGUGGGAAUGGAUUCACUUCUAUUGAAAUAGCAUGUAUAACUUCUGCAUCUGCCAUUGUUUCUGUUCUUCUAGCCCUAAUUGUCCUUUUUGUUUGUACGCGGAAGUGGAAUCCAAGGUCCAGGGUUGUUGGGUCUACAAGAAAAGAAGUCACAGUGUUCACUGACGUUGGGUUUCCAUUGACAUUUGAAAGCGUUGUCCGGGCCACUGGAAAUUUCAAUGCAGGCAACUGCAUUGGGAAUGGGGGAUUUGGGGCAACCUAUAAGGCAGAGAUAUCACCAGGAAACUUAGUUGCAAUAAAACGUCUCUCGGUGGGGAGAUUUCAAGGUGCUCAACAAUUCCAUGCCGAGAUUAAGACCCUUGGAAGGCUUCAUCAUCCAAAUCUUGUCACCCUUAUUGGUUAUCAUGCUAGUGAUUCGGAGAUGUUUCUCAUAUACAACUAUUUGUCAGGUGGUAAUCUGGAAAAGUUUAUCCAGGAGAGGUCCACAAGGGCUGUGGAUUGGAGAAUUCUUCACAAGAUUGCAUUGGAUAUAGCCCGUGCACUUGCAUACCUGCAUGAUCAGUGCGUACCGCGAGUCCUCCAUCGAGAUGUCAAGCCCAGUAAUAUCUUGUUGGAUGAUGAUUAUAAUGCUUAUCUAUCUGACUUUGGAUUGGCUAGGCUUCUCGGAACUUCAGAAACUCAUGCCACCACCGGUGUAGCGGGAACAUUCGGUUAUGUUGCUCCUGAAUACGCCAUGACUUGCCGCGUUUCUGACAAGGCUGAUGUGUAUAGCUAUGGUGUGGUGCUUCUGGAGUUACUCUCAGACAAGAAGGCGUUGGAUCCUUCAUUUUCUUCAUAUGGGAAUGGUUUCAACAUUGUAGCGUGGGCAUGCAUGCUACUCCGGCAAGGCCAGGCAAAAGAUUUCUUCACUGCUGGCUUAUGGGAUGCUGCACCUGCAGAUGAUUUGGUUGAGGUCCUGCACUUGGCUGUUGUUUGUACAGUUGAGACCCUCUCCACCCGACCGACCAUGAAACAGGUUGUGCGGCGGCUGAAGCAACUUCAGCCACCAUCGUGUUAAUUUGCCAUGGUGAGGCUGGCUGUGCUUGUUUGACAUAGUAAUCUUAGACAUAUUGUAAUUUGUGAUGCAGAUAUUUGAUCUCCAAUGCCAUACUUGUCUAUUCCAGUUUCAUUUGUCAAAUAAAAUUAUAUAACCAUAGAUCAGAA